CGAAAGAGCACUGUAGCUGCCAACAAUGGCCAUCCCGGCUAAAGCCAGCAGCUCCUUCUCCAUGGCCUGCCUCUUGGCCGCCAUCUUCCUCUUCUCCUCGGCGCCACGGAGCCACGGCGGCAGCAUCGCCAUCUACUGGGGCCAGAACGGCAACGAGGGCACCCUGGCCGAGACCUGCAGCACCGGCAACUACGCCUUCGUCAACAUCGCCUUCCUCUGCAGCUUCGGGUCGGCCCAGGAGACCCCGCAGCUCAACCUGGCGGGCCACUGCGACCCCUACUCCAACGCCUGCACCAACCUCGCCUACGGCGGCAAGGGGGGCAGCAAGGAGGUGUACCUGUCGGCGGCGCCGCAGUGCCCGUUCCCGGACCAGUGGGUCGGCAAGGCGCUCCAGACCGGCCUCUUCGACUACGUGUGGGUGCAGUUCUACAACAACCCGCCGUGCCAGUACGUGCAGGGGGACACGGCCAACCUCAUGGACUCGUGGAAGCAGUGGACGUCGGGGGUCCACGCCAAGUACAUCUUCCUCGGGCUGCCGGCGGCGCCGGCGGCCGCAGGGAGCGGGUUCAUACCGGCGGGGAGCCUGGAGUCGCAGGUGCUCCCGGCGCUCAAGGGCUCCAGCAAGUACGGAGGGGUGAUGCUGUGGUCCAAGUUCUACGACGACCAGGACGGCUACAGCUCCGCCAUUAAGAACGCCGUCUGAUGAUGAUCGAUCUCAUUCCUUCACGGUCCGGGUUAUGGGAGCCGACAGUGGUGUGUA